CAUCUGAUUCGUAAGUUUACUGAGACAAUUACUUAAAUUUUCAUGUUUUUUUUUAAAGUCCUAACCUCUCUCUCAGCAUUCAGUUGGGACGAGCAGAAACGACACUUACGACAAAAUAAGAGUAAAUCAGGCAUGGUCUCAUUUUACCUCCAUUUCGUCGUGAUACUUGUGAUGAACGUGUACUGCGCUGGACGACUAAUUCAAUCCCUUUCCAAAAAUGGAUCAGAAUUUCCAUUACUUAUCAAAAUCUUGAAUUUAAUUUGGACUGGAGCUUAUACUUUCACUUCAAUUCUUAUGAUGCAGUAUCAAAUUCUUGGUAAGGACAUGAUGCUUUUUGCCAACUCGAUUCUGGACCAAUUGGAUUGGAAGCAACAUGAAAUAUCUGCAAGAUUUAGCAGUGCAAGGACAUCUGGAACUUCAUCUUCUGCCCAGCAACCAAAUUCGGGCCUAUCAAAGCAAUUAAUUACAGCCAUGAUUCUGCUUACCAUUAACCCUCUCAUUCACGCCUUAAUAGUCCCCACGGCACCCUGCGCUCCCCAAUUCUUGUCCUCAGUCCUCCUCCCGUGCAAAUCCAUUGGCGAUUCUGACCAUCCCCUUUACACUCAGAUGCCCUUCAUCAUCCAAGAAUAUUACGGCAUCACGGUCAAACUGUUCACAUGGUCGUUCAACUGGUCCCUCACAUUCCUGGGGCUGACUUGGAUUCUGCGAGAAAUAAAGACUACCCGAAUGCAAGGGUUGCAUCGAUAUCGAAAUGUCGAAAUCAUCACCACAGCGCUGAACUCGAGCUUAAAAUAUUAUCUGACCAUUUUCCCCACCAUUCUGUUCACCGUGUUGAGCCUUCUCCUGUUUGGUUGCGUUCGGUUGUGGCAUCUCGACCCGAGGUCAAAUCUGCUUUUUCCCACGUGUGGAAUUCGAUGUGGUUUUGAGUCAAUGUCACCUCUUGCGUUGGCUGGGAGGGUGAACCAGGAGAGCAAAUCGUUGCUGAGAAAGUGGAGAAAGCAGACGAGUGGGGGCAAAUGGGCGGCUCGGUUUAAGAGGUCGUGCAGAAGUAUUAAGUGCACGGCAGGCAGCAUGUACACCUUUGAGGAGUCGAUCCUCAUUGUGAGUAUUCAUAACUUGAAUCAACUCACGCUAAAUUUUUUGGUGGCAUUUCGUUAGUGCAUAAGUGAAAAAAUGGUGAUUGCUAAAUAUCUAAUAUCCAGUUAAAAUCGCAAAUAAAUAUGUAUACCUAGUUAGGUUUUAUUACACACAUUAAUAUUACAGCUUUAGUUAUUUUUACGUGAUAGACGAUUAUGUUUACACAAGUAAAAUCGUAUGGAAAGCAAAGGCAUGUUUCAUAAAUAGAACUAAAUAGCAUGCAAUAGUUUGUGUAACACAAGGGACGAUAUU